GGGACCGGGCGGGGGGUGGAGGAAGAGGCCUCGCGCAGAGGAGGGAGCAAUUGAAUUUCAAACACAAACAACUGCACGAGCGCGCACCCACCGCGCCGGAGGAGCGUUGCCCCCAAUCCGCGCCCGCCCCGUCCGUGCGGCGCGCGGGCGGAGACGCCGUGGCGGCGCCGGAGCUCGGGCCGGGGGCCACCAUCGAGGCGGGGGCCGCGCGAGGGCCGGAGCGGAGCGGCGCCGCGACCGCCGCACGCGCAAACUUGGGCUCACGCUUCCCGGCCCGGCGCGGAGCCCGGGGCGCCCGGAGCCCCGCCAUGUCGCGAUCCAACCGGCAGAAGGAGUACAAGUGCGGGGACCUGGUGUUCGCCAAGAUGAAGGGCUACCCGCACUGGCCGGCCCGGAUUGACGAGAUGCCCGAGGCUGCGGUGAAAUCAACAGCCAACAAAUACCAAGUCUUUUUUUUCGGGACCCAUGAGACGGCAUUCCUGGGCCCCAAAGACCUCUUCCCUUACGAGGAGUCCAAGGAGAAGUUUGGCAAGCCCAACAAGAGGAAAGGGUUCAGCGAGGGGCUCUGGGAGAUCGAGAACAACCCCACCGUCAAGGCCUCUGGCUACCAGCCCUCCCCCCUCCUGCACAGAGCCCUGCCUGCCCGGCCAGCGGGUUUACCCCGGGGCUAAUCCGACAGAGUCCUCCCAGAAAAAGAGCUGUGCGGAAGAGCCUGCGCCUGAGCCGGAAGCCACGGAGGGCGAUGGCGACAAGAAGGGGAACGCCGAGGGCAGCAGUGACGAGGAAGGGAAGCUGGUCAUCGACGAGCCAACCAAGGAGAAGAAUGAGAAGGGGGCGCUGAAGAGGAGAGCAGGGGACCUGCUGGAGGACUCCCCGAAACGUCCCAAGGAGGCAGAAGACCCUGAAGGGGAGGAGAAGGAAGCAGCCGCCUUGGAGAGUGAGAGGCCUCUCCCUGUGGAGGUGGAGAAGAAUAGCACCCCCUCUGAGCCUGGCUCUGGCCGGGGGCCUCCUCAGGAGGAGGAAGAGGAGGAAGAGGCUGCCAAGGAAGAUGCUGAGGCCCCAGGCAUCAGAGAUCAUGAGAGCCUGUAGCCACCAAUGUUUCAAGAGGAGCCCCCACCCCGUUCCUGCUGCUGUCUGGGUGCUACUGGGGAAACUGGCCAUGGCCUGCAAACUGGGAACCCCUACCCCACCCAAUCCACUCUCCUCUCCCACUCCCUCUCCCCACUCCAUGCCGAGCCCCUGGAGAUUGGCCUGGAUGGGGCAGGCUACCUGGCCCUCACCUCCAUGUUCCCACACCCCUGUGAUCUGAGUCAGGGCCAUAGCUUCCGAUCCGUGGGCUGAGAUGAGGAUACUUUGUCCCCCCCUGCCUGGAGCUGUCUCCUAGGGUAUCUGCUGGGGUCUGGACUGGCUGUUUCCACCUCCUGACACCCCUAUCCCCCUCCCCCUAAGCAUUCUAGACCUCUGGGUUGGUUGGGUUCCGGGGUAGGAGUAGAAGGGAAAGAAUAAACAGCAGGUGGGCUUCUGGGGCCUGGAAGGAGCAGUCUUCAAAUUGGUGUUGAGGGGUGGGCAGGAAGAUGGCAUCUUCUUGGGCUCCUGUCCCUUUCUCCCACACCUGUUAUCCCAGCUGCCUAGAUUCAGGAGAAGUGGGUCAGCUUGUAGGGGAGGGGUCUCCCUGCUAUAGAUCCCUUGAUGGUCGAGGACAUCCAUUCUUUCCUUUUGCUGUCACCAGGGGUUCUGGGAGUUGUACUUUAUCAUCAAAAGAUUUUGGGCCAAGUACCUGAGAUCUGAAGGGUUGACUUCACCCAGCUUGGGUAGGAAUGUUGAGGAGUAUCUGUUUCCCUUUAGAUCUCAGGCCAGAGAUGGAUGCCUGGGGGAGGCUCCUAGCUGCCCUUUUUCCUCUCCCCACAGUGCUCAAGGCCAGCCUUCAGUCACAUAUGUCACCCAGACAUAAAAGACAAAUUUUUUAGGAAAUGUUUUUAAUAAAAGAAAAUUAAAAAAAAAAUUUUAAAGACCCCUAUCCCUUUGUGUGCCCCCAACUCUGCUCUUCCCCACUGUUCCCCCCUUUUCUGAGGUGCACUGGGAGGCUCCCCUUCUGUUUGGGCCUUGAUGACUUUUCUUUUUGUAGCUGGGGCUUCGGUGUUUCUUCUGGUGUCAUUUCUCGCCCCUGUACCCCAAUCUGGUUCCCUCAGUGUUGUCACCAGGUACAAUGUGUAACCCACUGAGAGGACAGAGGGAAAUAGUGCCCCCACCAGCCUCUCAUGGUCUCUGCCGCUCGGCGUCUCGUCUCUUCACCCUUGCCUCUCUUCCUUGGGCUCUGAUGAAAAAUUGCUGACUAGCUUUGGAAGUUUAGCUCUGAGAACUGUAGACAAUUUCAGUUUUAGGAAAAUAAAACCUGUUGAUUACUA